AGCAGCUUAAACAACAGAAGGAAAAAAACGGCACACCAAACCUGACGUAAAAAGCGAGGCAAAAGAAACGCCUCACUCACCACCAUCAAUACCAUUCCUUAACCCGGUUCUCCCGCCCAUCCAAACUGAACCGGACCAAAAUCGCCACCUCCUCCCUCGCUCUACCCCGACCCAAUUAACUAUCACUCUGACAUAUUCCAAUCAUUUUCAAAACUGGUACUGACUAUGGAUCAAGGUGGUCUACCCGAGAACCUGUCCCGGUCAUUAUCGGACCGAGUCUUAGUCAAUGGGACGGUGGUUCCCAUCACAUUCACCGAUGAUGGGAAGCUCCGGUGGACAGGUAAAGGUCAACGGUGCUUGACCAUGGAGAAGGAGGUUCUCGGAUUCGCCUUGGAAGGUACUAGAAUCCGAGUCAAUUAUGCUGUCGAAAAGGGCGAUGGAAUCUGCUGCGUGGGGAACAGGGGAGAUUUGGUGAGGCAGAGUUUCGUGUUCGAGCCUCUCUCAGAUGAUUCCCUCAGGCUCUGGUCGCAGAAGCUUCGUGAUUACAUCGAUUCUCUUGGACGGCCAAAGAGACUCUUGAUAUUUGUGAAUCCAUAUGGAGGGAAGAAAUCUGCGACUAAAAUAUUCUCAGAAGACGUAAAACCUUACCUUGAGGAUGCUGAUAUCCAAAUUACGGUGAUAGAAACUAAACAUCAGCUGCAUGCAAAAGAAGUUGCCAAGACUUUGGAUUUAUCAAAGUAUGAUGGAAUUGUUUGUGUUAGUGGAGAUGGAAUCCUUGUUGAGGUGGUAAAUGGACUGCUUGAAAGAGAAGAUUGGGCUGCUGCAAUAAAGAUUCCUAUUGGCAUGGUUCCUGCUGGGACAGGAAAUGGCAUGGUCAAGUCUUUGCUGGAUGCAGUUGGUCAACCAUGCAGCGCAUCUAAUGCUGUUCUUGCUGUUAUCCGAGGUCAUAAAUGUUCACUGGAUGUAGCUACUAUCUUGCAAGGGGAAACUAGAUUUUUCAGUGUUUUGAUGCUUGCAUGGGGUCUGAUUGCAGAUAUAGACAUUGAAUCUGAAAAAUAUAGGUGGAUGGGGAGCGCUCGUCUUGAUUUCUAUGCUCUUCAACGUUUAUUACAUUUGAGGCACUACAAUGGAUGUGUUUCUUUUAUGCCUGCUCCUGGCUUUGAAGAUUAUGGGGAGCCAACUGCUUAUCAUGGUGAACCUACCAAUGAAAAAAGCCCAACUCUGGAGAAUUCUGUGAAAAUUCAAUGGCAUGGGUACCAUGGGUCUGAUGUUAAGUUGGAGAACAAACAUUGGAGGACUAUUAGUGGACCAUUUAUUUCAGUUUGGCUUCAUAAUGUACCAUGGGGAAGUGAAGAUUGCAUGGCUGCACCCAAAGCAAAGUUCUCAGAUGGUUGUUUGGACUUGAUUAUCGUCCGGGACUGCCCAAAAUUAUCCUUGCUGUCAUUAAUGUCAAAGACGAAUGAUGGGAGUCAUGUAAAAUCACCACAUGUUACCUACAUUAAGGUGAAGGCAGUUGUAUUGGAGCCUGGUCCACGUGUUGAGGAUCCGGCGAAGGAAGGGAUCAUAGACUCAGAUGGUGAGGUCCUUGCGAGGGGAAAAGGAUCAUACAAGUGCGACCAAAAGGCCCUUAUGGCCUAUGAUAAGCUUCAAUUAACCGUGGAUCAAGGUUUAGCUACUUUGUUUGCACCUGUAUAGGCUUGGGUGUCGACUAUAAAUGAAUCUGGCUUGGGUGUCGAUUAUAAAUGAAUCUUACUUGCGAUCUCAUGGAUUUGAAAUGAAGAAACAAGUGUUUCACAGUUGUUUUUUUAUUUAAUUUUGGCUGUAUAGAACCCACAAAGGAGAAAUAAAAGGGGUUGGAAUUUGAAUGA